CUGUUGCAGCUCGGACGGUGCUCAAAGUGUUGGAUUUCCCCUUAAAAACCUCAAGGAUGACAGUCGAGCCAAAUAAAGGACCUGUUGUGGGCAUGCGGCAUGUCCAGACCCUGCUGAUAUUCCUCAAUAUAACCGGCAUGUACCUGGGACGCCUCAAUGUGGGUGUCUCUGUGGUGGCCAUGACCAAUGCGGAGUCAACCAAUCCAAACUUUCCAGAAUACGACUGGUCGGAGUCGCAUAAGGCGUUGAUUUUGUCCAGCUUCUUCUGGGGCUACAUCGUAACCCAAUUCGUGGGGGGCUAUCUGUGCAAGCGUUUCGGCGUGAAGAGUGUGAUGCUGUGGGGAGCCUUCGCCUCCGGCGUCACCAGUGCCCUGACGCCCCUCUUCAUUGGGUUCGGCGGCUGGCAGGCGUACUGCGGCAUACGUGUCCUGAUGGGCUUCGCCCAGGGACUGCUCUUUCCCUGCAUUCAUCAGCAUUUGGCGCGCUGGUCCCCGCCAGCGGAGCGCAAUCGCCUGGGCGCCCUCAGCCACACGGGCAUCGAGUGCGGCAAUGUGUGCGCCAUGUUCCUGAGCGGCAUGAUAGCCAAGAGUGCCAUCGGCUGGCCGGGCAUUUCGUAUGUCUCCGCGGGAGUGGCCUUCGGCUGGUGUGCCCUGUGGUUCAUCUUUGCGUCCAACAAUGCAACCGAGUCCCGCUUCAUUGGCGAGGCAGAGCUCCACUACAUUGAGUCGUCGCUGAAGCACAGCGACAACUACCACAAGAAGGUCAUUCCGAUUCCCUGGAGAGCCAUCUGCAGCUCCCUGCCUGUCCUGGCCCUACUGAUAACCCGUUGCUGCGAGACCUAUGGCCUGAGCACGCUGCAGGCCGAGAUCCCGUCCUACAUGAACGGUGUCCUCGACAUGGACAUCAAGAGCAAUGCCUUCUUCUCGGCCCUGCCCUUCCUGGCCAUGUGGUUCAUGUCCUAUGUGUACCUGAUCACAGCCGACAUUCUGCUCGGUGGCAACCGCCUGUCUCUGACUGCCCUGAGGAAGACCUUCAACUCGCUGGCCUUCUGGAUUCCGUGCGCGACACUGAUCGGCAUCGGAUUCCUCGACAAGGACCAGAAGACUCUCGCCAUUGUUCUGAUGACCCUCAGUGUGGGCUUCAAUAGUGGCGCCACCAUCGGCAGCUCCCUCAACACCAUCGAUCUGUCGCCGAAUCAUGCCAGUAUUUUGAUGGGCAUCGUCAACACAGCGGCCAAUGUGGUGCCCAUAAUCACUCCCCUGGUUGUGGGCUUUAUCGUCAAGGAUACCAGUGAUCGUACAGAAUGGCAGAUUGUGUUCAUUAUUGCGGCGGUGCUGUUCUUUGUGGGCAACUGCAUAUUCUUGGCCUUUGGAUCGGCUGUUUGCCAGCCCUGGGAUGCCGAAGACUUUCUACAGCCCCGCCAACCAGAGUUGGCCGAGGGCAAGCCGAAGGCAAUCGACGAAAAAUCCAGAUAGUACAAUUCAAUUUCCGACUCUCCAGACCCUCCGAUAGCCAUCCUAAUCUACACUCGAGUCCGGUCCGUCCGUUGAGCUUUUGCUCAGGCGCGCUCGAGUGCCGUGGAAUGGGGAGGGGGAAUCACUCGAGUUUCGCACAGCGAAGAGUUGCUCCAGUUGUUUUAGCCAUAGAUUAUAAUUGUUUAAAUAUGUAUAAUACUCGUAAAGUUCAAUAAAUUGAU